UGACCCGCCCCCGGCCCCCGGUGCGAAUCUUGCGCUGGGGAGCGGCGGGCGAUGCUGGAGGCGCACGGAGCUGGGGAGCGGCUGGACUCGGCGCCGCAUCUCCCCCGCCCGGAGCGGACUCUGUCCUGCCUCCAACUGCGGCGUCCCUGGACCCUCCGGAACCCCUCGAGCCUCAAGCCUGCACCUUCCUCCUCGUGACGGGACAGGCGCUGCAGACCGAGCCCGGCAAUGCCGUUUGGCUGUGUGACUCUGGGAGAAAAGAAGGAUUAUAACCAGCCAUCUGAGGUGACAGACAGAUAUGACUUGGGGCAGGUCAUCAAAACGGAAGAGUUCUGCGAGAUUUUUCGGGCCAAGGAUAAGGCGACAGGGAAGCUGCAUACCUGUAAGAAGUUCUUAAAGCGAGAUGGGCGGAAGGUGCGCAAAGCAGCCAAGAAUGAAAUCAUCAUCCUGAAAAUGGUGAAGCACCCCAAUAUCCUGCAGCUGGUGGACGUGUUUGUGACCCGCAAAGAAUACUUCAUUUUCUUGGAGCUAGCCACGGGGAGGGAAGUGUUUGAUUGGAUCUUGGACCAGGGAUACUACUCAGAACGAGACACAAGCAACGUGGUGCGGCAAGUCCUGGAGGCUGUGGCCUACUUGCACUCCCUGAAGAUUGUUCAUCGAAACCUCAAGUUAGAGAAUCUGGUAUACUACAACCGGCUGAAGAAUUCCAAGAUUGUCAUCAGUGACUUCCACCUGGCCAAACUAGAAAACGGACUCAUCAAGGAACCCUGCGGGACCCCAGAGUACCUGGCCCCUGAGGUGGUCGGCCGACAGAGGUAUGGACGGCCUGUGGAUUGCUGGGCAAUUGGAGUCAUCAUGUAUAUUCUGCUGUCAGGAAACCCCCCCUUUUAUGAGGAGGUGGAAGAAGAUGAAUAUGAAAACCAUGACAAAAACUUGUUUCGCAAGAUCCUUGCUGGAGACUAUGAGUUCGACUCUCCAUACUGGGAUGACAUCUCACAGGCAGCCAAAGAUCUGGUGACUCGACUGAUGGAAGUGGAGCAGGACCAGAGAAUCACCGCUGAGGAGGCUAUCUCCCAUGAAUGGAUUUCAGGAAAUGCUGCUUCAGAUAAAAACAUCAAAGAUGGAGUCUGUGCCCAGAUUGAGAAGAAUUUUGCCAGGGCCAAGUGGAAGAAAGCUGUCCGAGUUACCACACUCAUGAAACGGCUCCGGGCUCCGGAGCAAUCCAAUGCAGCUGCUGCCCAGGCUGCUCCAGCCACGGACCCUGCCAACCCGGCAGCAGCUGGGGGAGCCACAUCUGCAGCUACAAGUGGCACCAGCAUGGCUCCAGAGGGCAGUGCUGCUCCAGCUGCAGAGAGCACUGCCACACCAGCCGCUAAAAGUGGUGACACGUCUGCCACCGACGGCAGCGCCACCCCGGCCACCGAUGGGAGCGUCACCCCGGCCACCGACGGCAGCGUCACCCCGGCCACCGACGGCAGCGUCACCCCGGCCACUGACAGGAGCGCUACACCAGCGAGUGGAGGGAGAGCCACACCUGCUACUGAAGAGCACCCUACACCAGCCCCCAAAAGCAGCAGUGUGCCUGCUGCCAAGGCAGCUGUGUCCCCUGAGCUGGCCCCGGCCCAACCGGACAGCACAGCUUCGGGGGUCCAGUCGGUACAGGCUCUAUCCACGUGUAAAGGAGAAGAGGCUGCCAGUCCCGCCCAGGAGGCGAGGAGCGAGGAGACCGGCUGAGCCGGGCAGGGGAAUGGGUGGGGGGAGGGCGAAGGGGAGGGUGGGCAUGGGGGAGGGUCUCACUGUACAUAGAGUCACUGGCAUGACAAUCCCUGUUUCUUGGAAGGGCCACAGCCUAAGCCAUGCCCUGCGGCAGCCUGUGGUCAGGGGGUGUGGCCUGGCCCCCUCCCCUGUGGGGUGGAUCCCUAGGGGCUGCAAGAGAGCUGUUUCUUCCUCUGUAUGUGUGAGUGGGUGGGGGAAGCCCUGGCUGGCCCCCGGACCCUGCAUGGAUUUUUUGUGGCUUUUUUUUGUCUUUUGCUGGCUUCUCCUAUUUCUGUUCCUUGCUGGACACUGCUCUAGGGACGCUGCUCCCCAGUCCCUUCCCCUCUUCCCUCAUGACUCCCCUAGGCCCCACAGGCCCUGUACACUCCCAGGUCAUAGCCUUUGGUGGGGAGGCUUCCCCUGAGAGCUGAUCAUGUGGUGAGGCUGUGGGGUGAGGGAUCAAGAUGACCCCCCCUCAGCCAGACAGAAGGUGACAGAAGGCACAAAGUACUUAUGAAUACAGAGUUCGAGUGACCCUACUUACCCUCCAUGACCUCAGAAAGUAGAAAAAGAGCGAGUGUGAUUUAGAGAAUGUGGAACAGCAAAGUGCACACAGAUGCAAAGAGAAGCUGUCCUGAAUGCACUUCCACCAUGGCCUUCUUGGAAAUCUUUGACAGGAACCUCAUCCCUGCUUCUUAGUCUUACCUCCCAGAUUCCUGGUAGCUUUGGAGCAGUCCUGAAAAAAUGCCCCAGUUGGCCAAGGAAUAGAGAGAGUGAUACCAGAUGGGACAGCUAAGUUGGCUAGAGAAGCAAUAGGGAUGGCUUGAACUGAGGCCUGAACCCUCAUCAUGGGAAUGAGCAGAAAGGUUGGAGGGGGGAAAGAGGGAUGGGUAGAAAGGGUGAGACCAGAAGGAGGGGCCAGGUAAUACGGUCUCUGUACUACGGUCAGCCUGAACCAUGCAAGGCAGCAGGGGCUGAAGUUCAGUCAGUCUCCAAAGUCCCACUUGUUCCAGCCCAGCCCUCUUCUUUCCUCUCAGGCUGUCAACCCAUUACCAAAACCCAGUAGUACCCUCAGUAUAUCAAUUUCCUAUUGUUUCUAUAUUUUGGGGAUCUGCCUCUUCAUAAGUCGACUUCUCUAUCACCCAUUUCACCAGUGACAUGGAGGUAGAAAAACUCAGUGUUCUUCAGUCCCGUCCCGUCCCCACUUGGGCCUGGAGGGAGGUCUAGAACACAACACCUUGCUAACCUUGCAGGGGUCCUGGAGAAAUCCCAAGUUUCUUUACCUGAAAGGUGAGAAUGUGGGCUAGGUUCUAUUGACCCCUCACUCUAGGGAGCCAAGGAUCAAGGGAAGGAACUUGGCAGGUACCCCUUGUAAGAACCUGCUGUUAAGGGCAGGGGCAGCCAUGCCAGCCCCCUGCCCCUAUGUCCCUACCCCAGGCUGUGCCAGGCUUCUUGCCCCCUGCCUGAGGGUUUCUGCAAUGGUUGUGCCCCAGCUCCCCCUGCAUGCCCGUGGGUUUGAUGUGGCGCUCAGAGGCCAGCAGGGCUAGACUGCGCGUCUUGCUGUAAUUGGCAAAUAAAUGUCACCCUGCCAAAGC